UAAUAACAUGCUGUAUCCGAAAGAAGACAAAGACAGUCGUAUUUUGUUGUACGCAUGCCGCAAUUGUGACCAUAAAGAAGUUGCCGAUAAUCCCGAAUUAACGCAAAUUGUUGCUGAUGUCAUACAUGACCCUACGCUACCAAAGACGGAAGAUCACCCGUGCCCUAAAUGCUCGCAUCGUGAAGCGGUCUUCUUCCAGACGCAGAGUAUGCGAGCAGAGGAUGAAAUGCGACUGUACUAUGUCUGCACGAGUGCCACGUGUGCCCAUCGUUGGACAGAAUGAUU